AUUUUAUUGGAUAAUUUUAAUGUGAAAUUGUUUUGCUUAUUUUUUUUGGUAUCUAAACCACCAUGUUCUUUGACUGGGACUCCACGGACUUCAGACAGAGCGAUGAAGAACGGAACCUCUUCGCGUUUUCAGACAAAAGUGAUUUGCGCGAUGACAUUGAUUUACUUAAUUGCACUCCGCCGGCCAUCGUGGAUUUCCCAAACUUUAUGCGACAGAAAAGUUGGAUAGCAGCCACAGUUUGCUUUUUCCUCAGCAUGUACCUGUUCGUCGUCCUGGCUAUUGUUUGUGAUGAUUACCUAGUGCCGGCCAUGGAGCGACUGUGCUACACUCUGCGAAUGACAUAUGAUGUGGCCGGAGCCACUUUCCUGGCGGCUGCCACUUCGGCCCCGGAACUCUUCGUUAACUUUGUAGCAACCUUUAUCACUCACGGCGACAUUGGACUGGGCACGAUCGUGGGAUCCUCGGUGUUCAACAUCUUGGUAAUCGCAGGCGUUUGCGGCAUACUUACUCCACCGAGUAAACUGGAUUGGUGGCCGGUUACAAGGGAUACAGUUUGGUACCUCCUGGCCGUAGCGACUGUCACAACUGUGGUGUGGGAUUCGCUUGUCACGUGGUAUGAGGCUACUGUCCUUAUCCUACUGUACUUGCUUUAUAUCAUUCAACUAGUCCUGGACCGCCGAAUCCAGAACUGUGUUCGCAAGGAGCAUACGGAAUCCGAACUAAUAAGCGAGGAUCCAAUGACGCGUGAAGAAGAACCGCUACAGGGAUUUCGGGAUCACGUGUGCACGAAACCGGAGCAGGGCUCUAAUUGUUGCCGUUGGGCUUGGUGGAUCAUCAAGUAUCCGGCGGAACUGAUGCUUGCCUGCACUGUUCCCAGUGUUAGAACAAUUUUCUUCCUCUCCAUGGUACUGGCCAUCCUUUGGAUUUCCGCGAUAUCAUAUCUGCUCGCCUGGUUCCUCACCGUUGUGGGCUACAACCUCCACGUUCCGGACUCAAUUAUGGGGCUCACUGUUCUGGCCGCCGGCACCAGUGUGCCAGAGGUGGCUUCCUCGUAUAUCGUGUCCAGAAAGGGUUAUGGCUCAAUGGCCAUCUGUAAUGCCAUCGGAUCGAACACAUUCGACAUUUGCGUAUGCCUUGGUCUGCCCUGGCUAAUUAAGACCUUGAUUGACAACCGGCAGAUCUGGAUAGAUUCUACGGCACUCCACUUAACCACGGCCAUGCUAGUAAUCACGGCGUUCUCACUCUAUGUGAGUCUUCUGAUCACUAGAUUCGUGAUUGGCAAGAUCGUCGGAUGGAUCUGCCUGAUAUCCUACGUUGCAUUCCUUAUAGCAGCCUGUGCUAUGGAGGUAUUUCUGCACAAGGCAAACAUGUGCGACAUUGAGGGAUCAUAAUGAACAGAAAACUAUGAACGAACACGAAGUAAGACUCUUCCAAGCCUUUGUAUUUCAAAACUAAAUUAUGUUGUCCAAAACCUAUUUAAAAUUAUAUAAUGAGUUGAGUCAAUUUUUGACAUCAUGGAUCAAAUACAAUAAAAAUAAAUAAUAAAGCUUU